GACGCUUGUUUAUAUAAUCUCAGAUUUGGUUGCAGUUUUGGGUUGUCGACAUAAGGAAGGAACAAAUCAGGGCGAGUCAAUUAAUCCCGUUCAAGCAUGUAUAUUAAGAUGAUUGUGUCGUUUUUGGCCGUGACUUUAGCCGUGGCGAGCGCUGGGUUGACUGGAGCCCCUAUGGAUGCAGACAUGAACGAUGAAGGGGUUCAGAAUGCGUUACAGUUCGCAGUGGCCCAGUACAACAGACAAAGCAACGAUGCGUUUGUGCGUCAGGUUUCCGAGGUCAUCAAGGUCCAAAAACAAGUUGUCUCUGGCCUGAAAUACAUCUUCACUGUGAAAGUGGGCAGAACCAACUGCAGAAAGGGUGGAGUUGAGACCCUGUGCAGCAUUCAUGAGGAUCCCAGUGUUGCACAGGUCUCUCAGUGCAAAAUAACGGUCUGGAGCCAGCCAUGGUUGAACAACAUUAAAGUCCUUGAAAACACUUGCAUGUAGAGCUUGUGACCAGUGCAGUUUGGGGCUUUUCAACAUUCAAGCAGCAAUAAAAUGUACUUGCUGUUGGUAAUAAUGGUGAACUUUAAGUCUUUAUUCUUGAUCAGAUAGACAUUUUAUUUGUCCUGAAAACCUGUCAACAACAAGUCAUGAUGAAAGAAUGCUUCAUUAACACAUAAUCAUGUAAUCUCAUUAGACUCCACUGCUCUGAAAAAAAGCUACAAUUUGUAGGAAUUUCUAAAUGAUAAAACGCAUGUUUCUAUAUUAGUUCAUCCUUUACUAUUAAAACAUGGUUGAACACAA